AUGCGUCGAUGGUUCGUGCAGCGGCUGAGGACGCAGUUGGUUCCGCCUUCGCUCGCAGGCCUGUGGACGAACUACGAGUUCCAAAAACACCCCGUAUACAAAGAGAUCAUCCAGCGCGGUAUAAUGAAUAUGACCCGGGUGAUGAAGCUGAGAAAACUGUUGAAACUCAUAUUAAUCAUUAAAUGGAUGAAUAUGACAGGCAAAGUUCCAGAUAUUGAUAAAUUACCUCCGGGAAGACUCGACCAUUUGCGGGAUCUUUUUGAGGGCGACAUGUUGCUGACCGGCGCGCAAUCGGCUUGGCUUCUCAAAAUGAUCAAAAAUAAUUACGGACUGAAUGAAACCGAACCGGAUGGCCGAGCUGCUAUAUCGAGCAACUUGCAGAGCCGUUGGCCAACGCAGAUCACCUACAAGAUAGAUACUGCCAGCGGAGUCGAUCAAACUGCCGUCGUGAACGCAUUGAAUCUCUGGUCUCAAAGUACUUGCCUACGGUUCGUGCGAAACGACAAGCCAUCAGGAGACUACAUGGAGUUUUUCAAGGGUCAGGGCGAUCAUGAAACUAAACAAAUAAAUAAUAAAAAAUCCAUCGUUUGUAGUUGCGUUAUUUUUGUGCUUUCGCUACAAGGUUCUGUGUUGUGCAACAGGUGCUACUCGUUCGUUGGUCGAACCGGCGGUAGACAGCAGAUAUCGAUAGGUGCCGGAUGCGAAAGGGUAGGAAUCGUAGCACACGAGAUCAACCACGCUUUGGGUUCGUGGCACGAGCAAAGUCGCUUCGAUCGCGAUUCGUUCGUCACGGUCAACUUCCAAAACAUACAGUCAGGUGCUUCUGGAAACUUCGAGAAAUAUCAGGCCAGCAGUUUCGGGUUCACAAGCGAAGUUCCGUUUGAGUACGGCUCAGUGAUGCAUUACUCAUCAACGUCGUUUUCCACCAACAAUCAGCCGACGAUCGUGAGCAAGGACGACCGCUACAUGAACACCAUGGGGCAGAGAGACUCUUUGUCGUUUUUCGACAUCCGAGCCGUGAACCUGGCCUACUGCAGCGGUACGAACAUUCUCCGGUCUAAAAGCCUCGGCUGCUUGACGAUCUGUUUCAGGUUCGUGCAAGGGCGUAUCGGCGCCGGCAUGUACCCACGGAGGGGUGCAGAAUCCCAACCUAUGUUCCAGCUGCAUAUGCCCAUCUGGUCUUGGUGGAAGCACUUGCAAUGA